AUGGGAGCUGUAGCUCGGCGGGAGAAGGAAAAAAGAGAGGUAGAAAAGCGUCAACUCACAGGCCAGGAAGGACGAUCACUGUUCCUAGAGGCAGUUCAGCUACUCUUACGAAAACAAGUCUCGUUUCUGAUCCGAAGCAAAGGUCAUAGAGAGGAAUUAGAAACGGUUGUUAGAGACUUAUGGGACUUGCGCAUUAGGGGGUAUACCUCUAAUUCCACAGAAACAAAUCUUGCAAACACCGAGCUUGAAAUGUUCAGCUCCCAGUCGACCCGGACAGAGGAGGGAACAAAUGUGUCUUGGCACUCGCGAUCCAGGGCCCAAAAUUGGGAUCCUGAACGUGGCACUGACUGGCCUAUGCCUCGAAUAACAGAGACUAUUGUGCUAUGCUAUCUCGGUUGCUUACUCCUAAGAAUACCUACAAGGCUAGCGGACCUGUAUGCUUGGGUCUCAAAUAGCAGCAUGCCCUACUUGAGAGCAUUUCAGGAGCUACCGCGGGAGAUUCAAGAACGAAUGCCUUCGUCUUAUGCCAAUGUGAUGAAGCUGUGUUCUCGUUCUGGUUUGAAUGGAGAAGACUUGUACCGAACAGUCAUAGAUACAGUUCUCUCGUACCGAUUAAACUACGACAUGACGUUUCCGGAGCUAAAUUACGUCCCCAUGGCCGUACAGUACGCAAAACAUCUUUGUUUACCAGUUGAAGCAAUUGCGGUAGCAAGACGACUUGCAUCAGCUCUGGACCUCAUGUUUUACUUUCCGGUAUCAAAAGCGAAACUUUACUUCCUCGAUAACCCAGAGGUCCAGUUAAUUUCACUCCUAGUCGUGGCAACGAAAAUGUGUUUUCCGCUUGAUCCUAGCCAGCCCUCCCUCCUAGACCCUGCAGGCUGCUGUCUACCUCAAUUCAACUGGGCAAGCUGGAAGACCGGUUUCUCGAGCGAUGGCCCAAAAUCGGGGAAAGAAACACAGGAACAUGUUGAAUUUGAGCACAUCACACCAAAUCAGGUCACGAAAUUGAGUGAUGAGAAAUUCGAUGCGUAUGUAGCGCAUUUAUCUGAGUCCAUAGGCCAUGGAAGUUAUAAUGAAGUUGUCCAAUUCUUCCCAGCCGAAACGGUGGCCGUAUCUUCAUCGUCGCAGUUUAGCACACCAGAAGAGAAGAUUGAAGGGAGAGCUCGUCGUAUUUUAGCACAGGCUGUUAAACCGAAUGACAUGGACGGUAGACGGAGAGAGGUUACAUACGAGGCAUUCCGUACAGUUGAAGACAUAUCAGAUAUUUCUUAUGCAUUUUAUAAAGAAGCAGGAAAGGCCGCCGGAUUGUCGACUAGCACCAUGACACGAGCGAUUUACAUGCUGGAGCAACGGAUCGUCUCCUGGCAGAAGAAGCACCGGGAGGAAAUAUGA